AUGGACAAUGGUCAAUGUGGACGGCUGCACGAAAAAGUAGCAAUCGUUACAGGUUCAUCCACAGGGAUCGGUCGAGCGAUUGCACUUAGGUUCUCAGCCGAGGGCGCGUAUGUUGUAUGUGCCGAUACUGAGUCGUCAUCCGACAGCGAUAGCGAUUCUGGCGAAAAUGCAACACACAACGUAAUCAUCAACGGAGGCGGCAAUGCAAUGUUCGUCAGCACGAGCGUAGCGUGUAGCCAGGAAGUAGAGAACUUGGUACGAACGACCGUAUCUCAGUAUGGCCGACUCGACAUCUUUGUAAACAACGCCGGCAUUACAUUUGACUUGGAGACGUUACAACCUAUUUGGUCUGCCGACGAAGACCUGUGGGACGACAUACAAGCAGUCAAUUCGAAGGGCGUCUUUCUCGGUUGCAAAUUCGCAUCAAGGCAGAUGCUCAACCAGGAUCCGCACCCAAACGGCGACCGUGGCUGGAUUGUGAAUGUCGCAAGUAUCUUCGGUAUGGUGGGAACAAGCAAUUUCGCUAGCUAUUGCGCCUCGAAGGGUGCGAUCGUCAACAUGACCAAGGCGGUCGCACUGGAUUGUGCCCCUCACAGGAUUCAUGUCAAUUGUAUCUGUCCCGGAUGGACAUCGACUCAGAUGACUAGCGAGUUAAUGAUGGAUGAAGAGACGCAGGAACACAUAAUCGGCCUGCAUCCAUUCCGGGGACUGGGCAUUCCGGACGAUAUCGCACGGGCUGCUGUUUUCCUGGCCUCCGAAGACUCUUCAUGGAUAACAGGAGUCGCACUGCCCGUCGAUGGGGGCUACACCGCUCGAUAG